AUGUCCGGGUUCCAAGCUAUUGGGAUCGUCCUCGGGGUGUUUCCUCUUACUCUAGCCGCCUUGAAGAAUCAUCAAGAGGUAGCUACGCGACUAAGAUUGUUUUCAAAGAUGAAGCUUGAGUAUAGGAAAUGUAGCAAUGAACUGGAGCUUCAGCAAUUGACAUUCACGAGACAUUUGAAGCAACUUUUACUUCCCUUAAUUGUUGACGAUGAGAAAGUUCAGGAGCUUAUUGAUAAGCCAGCUGGAGAAGCAUGGAGGGAUGCAUCAAUGGUGGAGCUUCUUGAGAAACGGCUCGGAGACUCAUUCGAACUUUACCAGGAGUAUAUCGAGGGCAUGAACCACGUUAUGGACAAAUUGUAUCAUGAACUUGCCUUAGACGACGAAUUUGUGCAGUCAAAGAUUGCGGAGGCUGCUAAACGUACCGCAACUGUGUCAAGAAUUAAAUCUGUUCUUGGCAGAGAUGACUUAUCAUUCCAGUUAUUCAGAGUCAAGUUCAGCAAUGGAGAGCCUGUUCGCACCAAGCUCUUCGCGGAGUUACAGACCUACAAUGACAAACUCGACAAGCUUCUCGAUUCGAGCGAUAGAUUAUCUGCUUUAGAACACCAGAGAACAUCCAGAGACCAAGCAAAGGCCAUUGAUAGUGCAAUUUGUAGCUUCUGGAUUCAGGCAAAUAAGCUAUUCAAAGCGCUUGUUGCAGCAUGGAAAUGCCACUGCAGAGAGCAUUGCGCCAGAUUACUACUUCAGCACAGAGCGACAAAAAGUACAGAGCUUGAGCUCCUCUUU